AUGGAGCCACAACUGGCCUCGGGUCCUGUAUAUAGAGGCCCAGGCCAGGUCUUUCAACAAUCACCAAUGCAGACAUUAGGCUCGGAUCGAUCGGGUAGCAGAACGGACACCUCGGAGGAGGAGGAGGAGGACGAUGGUACUCUUAGUGAGGGCGAGACUGCCCAGAGCCUCUUUCAGCCGGCCAUCAGUCCCAUCGCCACACGCCUGGCCUGGCCCGGGACUCCUGCUGCUGAGAAGGCAGCUGCUAUGUGGGAUUUUAUGGAUGGGCCCACCGACAACAUUGCCGACAGCCUCUCGUCAAAUCCGUCUGUUGAACCGAGCCAUAGAGGUACUGUUGCGGCAAGGCCAGGAACAUCGGCUACCAUGUUGGAUACCAAUGUUAACCGAGCAUCCUCGGCUACAAGGCCGCAUAAACCGGCAUCUGUCCCCACAAUAGCACCGCAACACCAACCUCAAAUGCCGGAGCCAUCAGGGUUUAGGAAGCUUUCCGGUUCCGGCACCACCCCCGGGUUCUCGAGUCGCAAGCGGGCAAGCACCGUCGGCGGCGAUGCCCUAAAGAAAUUGUCAAAGGCGAUACCUUCGAUAUCCAUGCCCUCCAACUUCCUACCCAGCCUACCAACCCCUUCGUUCUUCUCAUCCUCAUCCUCAUCAAAUAAACGCGACAGUUCUCUGUCUCCGACCCGGAAUGGACCGGUCACAAAAUCGGGGCAGGUCACGACAGACCACGGCUUCGAGGAAAGCUCCCGUUCCAAGGAAGAGUCCAUACACAUACGUUAUCCACGUGGACCAAAGUCUCUGCGUCCCUCGGGGCCACCUGGACAGGCUUAUACGUUGCGAAGGUCGACAUCUAUGGAGUCGACAUUAUACAAUCCCAUGUCGAGGGUCUCUUCUUAUGGUGACGACAAACGAUUCCUGGACGUGAGGAAAAUGACAAACUCAAGAUUCAAGGCUAUCAUGGAUAGCUUCGAUCGACCAACCUUCAAGAUGCCGCAGCUCCCCAGCAUGACAUCUCCGUUCAAAAGCAGUAGUUUUACAGAAUCUUCUAUAGGCUCCGGACCCAGAUCGCCAGGGAAACAACCUCGCAACAGCACGAUUAGCCCCAAGGACGGAAUAGCAAUACUCGAUGCUGUACUUGAAUCACUCAUCGGCGACGUUGUGGUUCUGGGAGGAUACAGAGGAUCGAUACUUCGCUCCGCAACCUCACCACAUCAACAAUUAUGGGUUCCCGUAAAGGUCGGUCUCAACAUGCGCAAGGUAAAUCUUGAAGUUGGACUGGACCCUCAGGAUGAGGAAACAAUGGAGGAACACAUCAUCCCAUCCAGCAUGCUUCAGAACAUCGGGCCCAUUGACAUUUCGCGCCGGCUACUGAAGCGAAUGCGUGAAAGCCGAAACGCGAAAGCGGGAACCCUCAGAGUCCACGAGUUUGCCUACGACUGGAGGCUUAGUCCUGCUCGAUCUUCGGCACGCCUACUCAAAUUUCUUGAGGGUUUAAAAUGUAAUAGUAUGCGAGACAAACCAAGCGGAGCUCUUGUUAUUGCUCACAGCCUGGGCGGCCUCAUAACCCGUCACGCUGUAAACCAACGACCGGAUCUCUUUUCUGGUGUCGUUUACGCCGGCGUUCCGCAGCGCUGCAUCAAUAUCAUCGGCCCGCUGCGCAACGGCGAUGCGGUCCUGCUCAACCAGAAGCUCCUCACGGCGCAAGUCAACUUCUCCUUCCGAACUAGCUUUGUCUUCCUACCAGAGGAUGGCGUUUGUUUUGUCUCCAAGGACGGCACCCAAGAGUUCAAGUUUGACUUUUACGACCCAGAAAACUGGGUAAAGUACAGGCUGUGCCCCGCCGUCGCGCCGCCCCUCAAACCGACGCUGCCCGUCAGCAAACUCGACUCGGCCCUCUAUUCGCUGCGCGAGAUGUCCACCACUAUAUCGACUUUUGACCUCCGCGGAAGGAGCGGCAGCGACGACCGAGGUCGCAAGGCUCCCACACUCGCCAACGGGGGCGUCCUAGGCCCGCCUCCUAUGCCAUCAGAGGACUCUGGACCGCACCAAACGAACGGCGACGGCAGCCGCACAAGCUCGCCGGGAUCUAGCCAGGGACAUCAGGAAGACCAGCACUACUCCCGAGCCUACAAAUACCUGGCACGGACGCUGGCAGAGACGAAGCAGUUCCGGGCCGAGACGCAGCACCGGCCCGAGCUGAGCGACUCCAACGCAUACCCACCGCUGGCCGUCAUCUACGGCAAGGACACGCCCACGGUCCACGCAGUGCGCGUGUCGUCACUCGACGCCAUUGCUAGCCCCGACGAGGUUUACAACGAUCUGGUGUUUCGAUCUGGCGACGGUGUCGUGCUGGCGCGCGAGGCCAUGUUGCCGCCGGGCUAUGACGUCGUCAGCGGCGGGAGGAUCAGCACCGAAAAGGGCCACAUCAGUAUACUCGGCGACUUUGCCGGCGUGGCCAAGGCCAUCGAAGCGGUUUUGAGGGGGCGGAGUAAGGGAAUUGGGAAAGGCGUUGGGGCUAUGGAUUCAUGA